GCAGCGGCGGAGGGCAGCGCCUCUCGGCGGGCGGGGCGAGGGCUAUAAAUCCACCCCGCGGGCGCAGGCGGGUGGCGGUCGGAACGCGGUGGUGGCAGCGCACGGAGAGCGGUUCUUGGGGGCAGAUACCAGCUACUGACCAUGUCAACAGAAUUCCAGGACGCUCACCUUGCAGAGGUGAAACCUCUGGUGGAGAAGGAAGAGGCUAUCACUCGUCUCCUUCCAGACUUUGACGUUCAGGAGCAAGAUGUGGAGACCAUGCAUGGCAUGGUCCACGUCACCAUGUGUGGGAUGCCCAGAGGGAACAGACCUGCUAUCCUCACAUACCACGACAUUGGGCUGAAUCAUAAAACUUGCUUCAAUCCUCUGUUCAACUUUGAGGAUAUGCAGGAAAUCACCCAGCACUUUGCAGUUUGCCACGUGGAUGCACCUGGUCAGCAGGAUGGGGCACCAUCUUUCCAAACUGGGUACAUAUAUCCUUCUAUGGAUCAGCUGGCUGAAAUGCUUCCUGGAAUCCUGAAACAGUUUGGGCUGAAGAGCAUUAUUGGAAUGGGAACUGGAGCCGGUGCCUACGUCCUGACCAGAUUUGCUUUAAACCAUCCGGACUUGGUGGAGGGGCUAGUUCUCAUUAACGUAAACCCUUGUGCUGAAGGUUGGAUGGACUGGGCAGCAACAAAGAUUUCAGGUUGGACAAAUGCUUUACCAGACUUGGUCAUUUCACAUCUUUUUGGAAAGGAAGAGAUUCACAGCAACCAUGACCUGAUCCAUACUUACCGUCAGCAUAUUAUUAAUGAUAUGAAUCAAACCAACCUUCAUCUCUUUGUCAACUCUUACAACAGUCGUCGAGACCUAGAGAUUGAGCGCCCUGUUCCUGGAUUAAAUGUUGUCACCCUUCAGUGCCCUGUGCUCCUGGUGGUUGGUGACAGCUCCCCGGCGGUGGAUGCCGUGGUUGAAUGCAAUUCAAAGCUGGACCCAACAAGAACAACACUUCUGAAGAUGGCUGACUGUGGUGGGCUCCCCCAAGUUUCCCAGCCUGCAAAGCUCGCAGAAGCUUUCAAAUACUUUGUUCAGGGAAUGGGCUACAUGCCCUCCGCUAGCAUGACCAGGCUGAUGAGGUCCCGCACUGCUUCUGGCUCCAGUGUAACCUCCUUGGAAGGACAGAGGAGCCGGUCCCACACUGGGGAAGGCACAAGGAGCCGGUCCCACACUGGGGAGGGAACUCGGAGCCGGUCCCACACUGGGGAGGGUUCCAGGAACCGCUCCCACACAGACACGCGCAUCGAGCUGACGCCGAAUUCAGCAAGCAAUGCUGAGCAGUCAGGCCCCAAGUCCAUGGAAGUGUCCUGCUAAGCAUGUGUGGGAGGUUUAAACUGGUCACAGUUUGAAAAAAUAAAGGAUGCCCCUUGUGUAUCACAAAAACGUAACUGGUAUUAAUCUCAAGCUAUUCUGUAGGAUGAGCUCUGUUCUCCAGGGUCUGACGGGGACCAAAGAAAAGAAGCAUCUCAUUUGCUCUAUCGUUACUCUUGUAACUCAGACAGUUGCUGCUAUUGUGCCCUCCUUCAGUGGAUGCCAAAUUCUAAAGGAAACUUGCCAAAAGUUGAUAUGGUUGUAAACACUUCAGAGUCAAACCAGACUUGCUUAAUAUCCUUCUUUAAAAUCAAUUACUUGCCCCUUUAUCUCUAAUUCUUUUGAAGUAAACUGGCACAAUUUGAGAUGAGCUUCAAAGAGGGCGAGAAAAUCACUAUUAUGGAUGGCUUGUAAAAAAAAAAAAAAAGGAAACAAAUGUGUUAUGGCCUCAUGUUGAAGCU